GAAUUAAGUCGAGAAAAGACUUUUGGUUUGAUUAAGGGCAUGUAGACUGGAAGCACAUGUCUGCAACAUUGUGUGUGUGCGUGUCCUCGCUGAGGAAAGCUUCAUACUGGGCCGAUAACCGACCUCCAUUGAGCUGAGUCAGUGUGUUAGCCUGCUAGCGGGAGCCGAUCGGAGAGCGUACAACAUACAAACCUCUCAGUUUCUUGUGGCCUUGCCUGACCUUGUAGUGUUUUUCUGCCAGGCAGUCUUACUGCAAAGAGGACACAAGGCUUUGUUUUGCCAGAAUGGCGUGUUACUUUGAUGAACAUGACUGUGAGCCGACCAACCCUGAGGAGCAGUAUCGCCAAAAUGCACUACUGGAACUGGCCAGGUCUUUAAUGCAGGGCCUGGACAUCGACUCGGGGGCGUUUGACCUGUCAGACUGGGACCAGCGGCUUCCUCCUCCGGCUGCCAAAACCGCUGUCCAGACGCUCUCUGUGGUCAUUAUUUCUCCAGAGCAAGCAGACAAAGGUGUCAAGUGUCCGGUGUGUCUGCUGGAGUUUGAGGAGCAAGAGACGGUGCGAGAAAUGCCCUGCAAACAUCUCUUCCACUCAGGAUGCAUACUGCCCUGGUUAGGGAAGACCAACUCCUGCCCGCUGUGUCGGCUUGAAUUACCGACAGACAAUCCAGAGUACGAGGAGUUUAAAAAAGACAAGGAAAGAAGAAGACAGAGGGAGCACAGGCUGGAGGACCUACACGGAGCCAUGUACACAUGACAGCCGGGCCGACGGUGACAUGACGGUGACGGUGUUCAGCAAAAAACUAACGUCCUGGGACAGAAGUUAGCAACAGGGUCUGUGGUCACUUUGAAUCUCAAGUUGGACGUGUGCUUGAGUGAGCAUGAAUAUAUUUUUAGAUGUGUGCGAGCCACUGAAACGGCAACGCUACAGAGCUCUGUCACAUUUUGUAUCUCGCUUGCGUUCAGUUAGUUUGACUAUGAGAAACCGCUUUGAAAGUCUUUUUAUCUAUUCCUUUUUUUAUAUCUAAAUAUGUGAGCUUUAAACAUAUGCAGAUAUCUGUUCAGCUGCUUUAUCCCUCAGAACAAAUAGGAAUCUUUCAACGAGAGGAAUGCUACGCCAGAGUAUACUGCGGCAUAGUUGGAACUCUUUCCUUCUCUUUCGUUCUUUUCUGCCUUAUUAUAGCUGACUUUUUAUGGUCGUCACUUCUCCACACAUGUGAUUUGUGGACCAAAUCUGGAGUAAUUCCACCACAUUUAAUGUAUUGGGUGAGGUUGUUUAGAUUUGUGAGAAGGCAACCGUCUUGACAUGUUUUGGUCGAUCAGUGCAUAAAGACCAUGGAUGCAUUCUUUUCCAUUUGCAAUUACAAUUAGAUUUAGAUUUAGUUAACCACAUUACCUUUGACUGAGUAAGCAGAUAAAGACUCAGCAUCUUCCUCAGGGAUGUUGGAAUAUUUUGUUAUUCUGUCAUCAUGUCAGUGUAAAUCUUCAGCUUAGGUCUUCAUUGAUUUACUCUCAUAACCACAUGCCACCACACCUAAAAGGUUUCUCAGGGGAGACCCUGCAAAGGAUGAGUGGAGUCCAGACGUCACAGGGUGUCUGCCGGUCCUGAAAAAGUUUCAGUGUCCUAAAUUAUGUUUUUAUUACCUAAAACACUUUAACGGUCAUGGUUAUAGUUAAAUGUAGCAUUUUAAGUCUUUAAUUCGGUAUUCUCAUUUCCACAAACCUCUGCAGUUUUCAGUUUUUUUGCUGUGAAAUUGGUCCAUGUUUCUUUCUAAUUGGCACUUAAAGGGUCUUUAUGUGUUUUGAGUUUAACGUGAUGAAACUUGCAGACACUCUGGUGAACGAGGAGAAAAUGUCUUGAUGUAACAACGGCUUCCACGGUCAGUUCACUUGAAACUGAAGUCAUCUGCUUUAUAUUCCCCCGUCCAGCUCUAACUAUGUUGUUAACUGGCUGGUGGAUGUUGAGAACCAGGUCUGAGGAAGACUUCCAGUAUUGAAAGAGAUUUACAUGCCAGCAAAGAGAUUAUUUCAAGUGCAUCACAUUGAAUUUGCCAUACUCGUAUGAAUGAAUUUUACACCAGGCACAGAUGUGAGGUGUCAUGCAGGCAGUGUUUUUUUUGUUUGUUUGUUUGUUUUUUUCUGAGGAGAUUUCAAGUAGGCUGCUUUAAAGUUUUACAGAAGAAAGAACUGUACAUGUGUACUAUAUGAACUGGUACUGAAUUAAUUAAUUAGAUAUUUUAACUAAAGUAUCAUGGAUACACAUUGAGUUGAUUGAUUUAUUUUAAUGUGCAAUGGAAAAAAACAAAACAAAAACAAAGCCAAAAGGUUGCACUGUUGGCUCUGGUACAAUGACAUAUUUAUUUUAAUUUGUUUUAAGCAAAUUGUACUUGUUUUUUUUUACACAGCUCUAUGUACGUUUUACCUAGAGGGCUACGUAGCUGCGCAUAGAGUGAAAAAAAUAGAGAUCAACAGCAGCCAUUUUAACAUGAAAUAGCAGGUAAACACAGGUUUUACUAAUGACAUAAAUUAAGGUUAAGUUUCAUUAAAGAGAGUCUUUCCAGUGAGGCAGCAUGAACAGCAGCAGGAGCCUGGCUCUGUUCGACAUGAGUGGACCAGAGCCUUCCUUCAUGUGGUUAGUAACACCUGUGUUUACCUGCCAGUCAAAAAGGUCUGUUGAUCAUAAUGGAUGCAUUCACGCUGCGUCUGUGCCUGGUGGAUUCAGACUGUAAAGCACAAUUUGACCUCGAAUGCCCUGGUUUCUAAUUGUGAUCAUUACUGAAUUUACCUUGAAAGUGUAAUUUUUCACUGAGCCUCCAGGGACACACACACACCUGGAUUUUUGUUCCCCAUCUCAGCUGGCUUUAAUCUCUUUCCAUACUACAGUGUCUAAACAUUCUCAAGGAAAACUGGCAGUUCAGUGAAGUUAUUGAUGUUCAAGUUGAUUCUAGCAUUUUAUUUCCCUCAGGUUCUCUUUUGAAAUGCACUGGCUUUAUGCUUUUUGUCUUUAAUCAAGUUUGGGAUGUCAAAUGAUUGUAAACCAAUGAUUUAUUUCAAACUGUAUUCUAGCUGCGUUGUUACCUAGCGUGAAGGAACUUGGUUCUAAUUGUUGGCAACAAGCAGACUUUGUUUAGCACAUAUUGUACGUUUGGUAUUUUGUUAAUUAGUACUAUGCCACACUCUGUAUUCCAGUCCGUUCUGUAAAGCUGUUUGUUGACUUUAAGCCGAACCAUAUUAAUCAUUCUGUUACCUUGUAUAAGUUUAACUGUUGACAUUUUUGUGUUUGCUCAAAGAACCCAUGCAAAACAUUUGCUAAUAAUUUAUCAUUUUUAUUUCAUAUUUGAAUAUAAAUCUCUGACAAAAGAAAAUACCUAAAUGAUAGACAAAUCAUACAUAUGUACAUAAUUUAUAAAAGGAAACAAAAUAUUUUCUGCAUUGCCUUGUUUUGGGGAUUCACCAACUCUGCUCCAUCAUCAUCAGAUUAGAGUAAAAUACACGUUUUACAUAGUUUUCCAACUUAGAAAAAAAGACUUACAUUUUAUUAUAGACAUUUGUUUGUGUAUUCUACAGUUCAAGACAUCUACAGGUCAGGCAGCCUUUUGUAAAUGGGAUUCUCUCAUGAACAAACAUACCAGAGCUAUUGACUGAAGUGCAGAUUUUGACACAAGUAGAGAAAACAAAAAAAGUUGUAAAGCCACUUUUAUAUUUUGGCCUGUCCAGUGGAAGAUAGAGAUGCCGUCACAGAAUAAAUCCAAUCCUGUGUGAGGGUUCAUACAAGCUGCCAGUUGAAGUCUAACCAAGUGACUCUGUUACAGUAUGGUGAAAGGCUACAUCAGAACACAAGAGAAAAAAA